GAGAAGACACGUUCAGUCCGCCUAUUGCCUACCCGAAUUCCUUGGCAAUCAAUUUUUUGAAUGAUUCGGCUUUCUGACCUAUGGGCACUGGACUAAGCUCUCCCGUGAAAUUACCGCCAAUAAAAAGCCCGGACCAUUGCUAAACUCUAAAGAAGUCUUCAAAGUUCAUCGGGACGUCCCAAAGGUUGUUUCUCGUUUUCGCCAGUACUUGUACCACACUCACAAGAGGGCGUCCCGGAGGCAUUGAAUUCGUAGAGGUGAACUACUACUACAUCACUCAUAUCCAUACCCUCAUUCAGCGUUCAAUGUUGACUUCACUUUAAGUGAUAUAACUACGGUGUGCUUCAUUCCCAUUUUUAAUAUCUUGACUUGCAUAGAUUGCUUUUCGAACUUUGAAUUGACCUGCUGCCUGAUAUCAUUUGAAGACGAACAUCAACCUAACAAAUUUGUAGUUAAUUUUGAUACACUUGACUCCAAUCAUGUCGAUCAACACGACAUCAAACGCCAUAAACGUUUCUUCGUUUUCUAUUGACGGGGAACUUUUUGACGAGGAUAAUUUGUUCAGAGCUUUAAAUAUGAUUUUUCGAGUCAUGAGCGCGGCUUCAGGAGUCCUCAGUUUAUGCACCAUGCUACGCAUUAUCCUCCACAAGAACCUUCGGAAACAGAGUAGCAUCAUUCCUUUCAAUAUCGUCUUGUGCGAUUUCAUCUCUAUCGCUUUAAGAUAUAUCCCUCCGAGCAACAAAAGACAAAUAAAUGUUAUCAUCUACACAGCACUGUUAGGCAGCGACUUGACUUCCCUUUUAAACAUUCUUCUCGUCGCCCUGCAACAGUUUAUCACCAUAAGAGUGGACCCGUUCGGCGCCCGUGGCAUCAUCACAACGCCCCGGACCGUCGCAGCCUGCGUCCUCAGCUGGAUUGUACCCUUGUCCUUCACUGCCCUUCUUGCAUUAAACCAAACUGGAAUUGCGUCGAUCUUCCUUAUCAUGGACACGACGAUCCUCGUCACCAUCGGAAUAUUUUAUCUCUUUCUCUAUCGGGCGAUCUCGAAAGGCCCUCCUGGUGUGCAUAUCUCCAAACAAAGAAAGCAGGAAAAUCGACAAGUUUUUGUUACGAUAGUUCUUGUCUACGUCACAACUUUGAUAUUUCGAAUGAUGUUUCGACUUUUACAUUUGGCGAUGGAGCUUUUCAUCGGCUAUCAAUUUCUGUGGCCUCUGACGAAUAUCGCUAUCACCUUCAGCGUGGUGUCCAACUCACUCGUUUAUUGGUGGCGCCUGGAAGAAUUCAGAUUAAUAUUAUUUAAGUGUAAGAAAUAUACGAGUAGACCCAAGAAAAUCGAUGUUCUUGGAUAAUCACAUUU